CGAUGGCUACCUUUGUGGAGCUCAGCACCAACGCCAAGAUGCCCAUCGUGGGCCUCGGCACUUGGAAGUCUCCCCCAGGCAAGGUCAAAGAAGCCGUGAAGGCAGCCAUCGAUGCAGGGUAUCGCCACAUCGACUGUGCCUACACAUAUCAGAAUGAGAAUGAGGUGGGAGAAGCCAUCCAAGAGAAGAUUCAAGAGAAGCUCGUGAGGCGGGAGGACCUCUUCAUUGUUAGCAAGCUGUGGUCCACAUUCUUUGAGAGGAGCCUGGUGAGGGAAGCCUGCCGGAAGACCCUGAAGGACCUGAAACUGGACUACCUGGACAUCUACCUCAUUCACUUUCCACAGGGACUUCAGGCUGGGAAGGAACUCAUCCCCAGAGAUGAUAAAGGCAAUAUCCUCUCCAGUAAAAUAACAUUCCUGGAUGCAUGGGAGGUCAUGGAGGAGCUGGUUGAUGAGGGAUUGGUCAAAGCCCUUGGUGUCUCCAACUUCAACCACUUUCAGAUUGAAAAGCUCUUGAACAAGCCUGGGCUGAAAUAUAAACCAGUGACAAACCAGGUGGAGUGUCACCCAUACCUCACCCAGGAAAAGCUGAUCCAGUACUGCCACUCCAAGGGCAUCACUGUCACUGCCUACAGCCCCCUGGGUUCUCCAGACAGACCUUGGGCCAAGCCAGAGGACCCUUCACUACUAGAGGAUCCCAAGAUUAAGGAGAUUGCUGCAAAGCACAAAAAAACCACAGCCCAGGUUCUGAUCCGGUUCCAUAUCCAGAGGAAUGUGGCAGUGAUCCCCAAGUCUGUGACACCAACUCGCAUUAUUGAAAAUUUUCAGCCUCCUCCCAGCAGCAGAGGAUGAAGGGGCUCUACUGAAAGAAUAAUUCUUCUGGAGGAAUCCAUGUAGCCCUCAGGCAACACGGGCACUGUGCACACUGAAGUUUAAUCCCAAGAGGGCUGGUCUUCCUCCUGUUGCAACACCAAGCCUCAUGAGUACUGUGCCUCAAUUAUUUUAUCUGCAAGUCAUUGAUCUCAGUUCCAUUAGCCUAGCAGUUGACAGGGGUGGGGGGAUGCAUAACCAUCAGCAAUGCCCAGUGGUGACACAGACGUGUGCAGAAGGCUAUCAAGGGAACAGUUUGUAUGCAGUAGACACCAUGACUGAAAAG